CGGACAUUCCCUCGCAGCCAAAAUGGCAGCUGCCAAUGAACUACAGGGAGGGAGAAAUAUGCAUUUAGCUGUGUCCGACGAAGCAGCUGCGUGUCCAGAAGAUGACAGCAAUGAUAACGCGAAACAGAUUAUGAAAGCAAAGCAGGAAAAGAUUGCGCAAAUGUUCCUGGCCCGCCCAGCAGUUGCAGAGGCCAAAAUUGCUGUGUCUGACGAAACGAAUGCGUGUCCAGAAGAUGACAGCAACGAUAACGCGGUACAGAUUAUGAAAGCAAAGCAGGAAAAGAUUGCGCAAAUGUUCCUGGCCCGCCCAGCAGUUUCAGAGGCCAAGAUUGCUGUGUCUGGAAAUAUGGUCCAAGAAGUCAAAAUGACAAAAAAUAAGAAGAACAAGGAAAAGAAGAAUAAAGAUAAGAAAAAGAAGACAAAGGACAAGAAAAUAAAAAAGAUAGAACGAUGUAAGGACAAUGCAGGUAUCGAGGCAGAAAAGAAAUACGUUCCGAAUGAAGCUCUUGCUGCUGAUGAUGAAAUAACUGUAAUUGAGGAAGAAGAUGACCCAAAUAAGUCAUGGAAGCUCCUAAGCUGUUUUGAUUUCAUUUUAAGCUGGCUUUCUAAGAAGUACCAAAAGCAUCAAGCGAAGCUUCAAGAGAAAAAGGAGCGAAAAAGAUGGAAAGGACUCACAGUUGUAGAAAUUCAUGCACCGCCAAAGGAAGAAAAUGAAGGCGAUCUAGACGCCUGUGAUGUCGACAUCUAUUUCUCUUAAGUUUCAUGCCGACCGACUGCCACCUGCAAACAGUAGACUGUUCAUACUGUUGUAGAGGCCACAUAUGAAUUAGGUCCAUAUAAACAUAACGAAAAUGCCUAUUCAAAUUUUACUGAUCACUUGAC